GCUUGGUGGAAAAUGGGCACCCCGACCGCUCCGAUCUGUGGACUUAUCCUCUCGUUGAUACUCACAUGCCAGCUGGUCACUGUGACUCAGGCCUCCAAGGUGUGGGGAGAGGUCCCUCUGCCAGAAGACUUGGAGGCGGAGAAAGACGUCCAGGUGUCUCGGAGCUUGCUGGAUGACGAUGAGGACUUUGCUGCUGAUGAAGCUUCAGGAGAUCUGCCCAGUGGAGAGGAUGAUGGAAGCACACCGUGGCCUCCAGUCAGUGAGAGCACAAUUUAUUACAGAGCUCUCGUCAACUUCACUGACUCCCUGGUCUACAGCCCGGAGCUCGAGGACAUCUUCUCUCCAGCCUUUAAUGAGAUCUCUGAAGCAGUGGUGGACACGCUGGAGUCGGAGUACAACAGGAUUCCAGGUGUCCAGACAGUCAGCGUGGUCCUCAUUAAAAAGAUGAUAAGAGAAGAUGGCGUGGACGUAUUUGUGGAGUUGGACGUGGGUUCAGACUACAACAGCAACGACGAACAGAUCCGCAGCGUGCUGUACAACGUGGUGAAGGAGGGAGCCAUCGCUUCCUACGUCACAUCAGUCUCGGGCUUUCAGUUCAGACGGCUUGGGGAAGUAACCCCCAGCAUCAGACCCUGCAUGCCAGAUGAGCACAGGUGUGGUGAUGGGACAUGUAUCCUGAUGGAAUACCUGUGUGACAACAGACCAGACUGCAGAGACAUGAGUGAUGAGACCAACUGUGAUCUAAAACUGCCAGUCCCUCCAGUCUUCACCACCCCUCCCACCAAAACCAUCACCACCUAUAAGAAGCCCCAACGGACGCCCAGCCCGAUCCGGCCCUGUGGAGCGGAUCAAGCCACGUGCCAGAGCGGAGAGUGUAUCCCUCGAGACUACAUUUGUGACGGAGAGAGGGACUGCGCGGACGGAAGCGACGAGUUAAGAUGCGGUACUCCAUCUCCCUGCGAACCAAAUGAGUUCAAGUGUAAAAAUGGCCGUUGUGCUCUCAAGCUUUGGCGUUGUGAUGGAGACAAUGACUGUGAAGAUAACUCAGAUGAAAGAGAAUGCCCCACCAAGGGUCCUGGUGACAGGUGUGCUCCUGAGCAGUUUGAAUGCCUGAGUGAUCGCACCUGUAUCCCAGCUAGUUACCAGUGUGAUGAAGAGCCAGACUGCCCUGACCGCUCUGAUGAGUAUGGCUGCACCCCUCCCACCGUGACAAGCCCACCGGAAGAGUCCAUUAAGGCAGCACGGGGGGCGACAGUGACAUUCACCUGUGAGGCGGUCGGAGUGCCAACACCCAUCAUCACCUGGAGACUCAACUGGGGACACAUUCCUGUCAGCAACAGGAUCUCCAUGACCAGCGAGAACGGCCGCGGCACCCUCACCAUUCAUAACGUAAAGGAGGCAGAUCAGGGGGCCUACUCCUGCGAGGCCAUCAACGCUAAAGGCCUGAUGUUUGGUAUCCCCGACGGAGUGCUAACUCUCAUAUCAAAUCCCAACCCAGGCAACUGUCCUGAUGGUCACUUCAGUGUGGACGGCCGCUGUGUGUCCUGCUUCUGUGCUGGAAUCACCAAGAACUGCAAGAGCACCGGCCGCUACCGCAACCACAUCAGCCUGCGUUUCAAUGAGGAGGAAGACUUCAAAGGAGUGAAUGUCACUUACCCAUCCAGGCCGGCCACUCCUCCUCUCUCCUCCACUCAGCUCCUCAUUAACCCUGAAAUGGAGGAGUUCCAGCUCGUCGACAUAUCACGCCGUUUCCUGAACCUCGACUCCUUCUGGACUUUGCCUCGCCAGUUUCUGGGCAACAAGAUCGACUCCUAUGGAGGGUACCUGAAGUACAAGGUGCGGUACACAUUGGCCCGCGGUAUGUCUGAGCCUGUGGAGAAGCCAGAUGUGAUACUGGUUGGAAAUGGACGCAGGCUUGUGUACCGCAGACGCAGCGCAACCUCGUCCCGAACGGUCAACCAGAAGGAAAUCAAAUUCACUGAAGACCAAUGGCAGCACUCCAAUGGCCGCUCUGUGAGCCGGGAAGAGCUGAUGAUGACGCUGGCCAACCUGGAGAGCAUCAGCAUCCGCACCAUCUACAACAACCACAUGGUCAGCGUGGCACUCAGUGACAUCGUCAUGGAUACCACCACCGUGGAGUUCAGCAUUCUGGGUCAUGCUAAGGAUGUCGAAGAGUGCAGAUGUCCUCCUGGAUAUUCAGGCCUGUCCUGUGAGAUGUGUUCCUCCAGUUUCGAGCGUGUCCCUGGUGGCUCCUAUCUCGGCACCUGCGCCGGUUGUAACUGUAAUGGACAUGCCAGCGCCUGCGAUCCCAUCAGCGGACACUGUCUGAGCUGCCAGCACAACACAGAGGGCCCUCAGUGUGACAAGUGUCGCCCCAGCUACUUUGGUGACCCAAGCCGAGGUCGCCCCGAUGACUGCAAGCCCUGCCCCUGCCCAUACUCUGAGACUUUACGCCGGUUCUCUGACACCUGCUUUCUUGACGUUGACCAACAGCCAACGUGUGAUGCCUGCAGGCCCGGCUACACAGGAAGACGCUGUGAAAAAUGUGCUCCUGGUUAUCAGGGUAACCCCCUUCUGCCUAAUGGAAAAUGUGUUCCUAACCAAAGCUCCAAGUGCGACAACAGAGGAACAGUCAGCUCCAGCAGUAGGCCAUGCAGCUGCAAGAACAACGUGGCAGGCGCUCUGUGUGACGAGUGUAAGCCCGGGUUCUUCCACCUAUCAGAGGCCAACCCUGAGGGCUGUCUACGUUGUUUCUGUAUGGGCGUCACCAAACAGUGUGCCAGCUCCACUUGGAAUAGAGAUCAGGUGCGAGGAGGGGUGAACGGGCAGCUCUUCUCCCUCUCCAACAGUGCCAACACUAAAACUAUCUCUGAAGGUAUCUCCCAGAGGGGUUCCUCUGAAGUUGUCUACCGCUCCUUCUCCAGUGUUCCCAACGACAUCUACUACUGGGUCCUGCCUGAGAGCUUCAGAGGAGAUAAGGUGACGGCCUAUGGCGGGGAGCUUCGCUAUACAGUGCAAUUUGCACCGGCUCAGCGCUCGCUGGUGAUCGACGGUCAGCCAGAUGUGGUUCUCCAGGGCAACGGCAUCUUCCUGGAACACUACUCCCAGACCAAGCCCCUCCCACGCGUCCCACAAACCAUCACUGUGACCUUCAGAGAGUCUGCGUGGCGUCGCGCUGAUGGGCAGCCAUGUACUCGUGAGCACCUCCUGAUGGCUCUGGCUGACAUCACUGUCUUCAUGAUCAGGGCCACCUACGCAGACAACAUGGGCGAGAGCAGUAUCUCGGACAUCAAGAUGGACGUUGCUGUUCCUCACUCCACUGGUAAUGAACGUGCUCUGGAGGUGGAAGAGUGCGCCUGCCCUCAGGGAUACAGAGGACCCUCUUGCCAGGAGUGCGAUGAAGGUUUCACGCGGACCAGCUCUGGCCUUUACCUGGGCACUUGUGAAAGGUGUGACUGCAAUGGUCACGCCAGCAGCUGUGACCCAGAGACUGGCCGGUGUCUGCAAUGUCUCCACAACACCGCUGGGCCAAGGUGUGAACGUUGUCAGACUGGUUUCUAUGGAAACCCUGUAACAGGUGGUGCUCAGACAUGCCAGCCCUGCCCCUGUCCUGGAACCACAUCCAGCAAUCAAUUCUCCCCAACCUGUUAUCUGGAGUCUGAUGGUCAGCCAACCUGUGACAGCUGCCCUCCCGGAUACACUGGCCGACGCUGUGAAAGAUGUGCUGCAGGAUACACUGGCAACCCACAGCUUGGACAGAGAUGUACUGUUGGCAACAAUGAAGUCAAUGGUAACUGCUAUAACUGUGACCAAAGAGGACGCGAAAGCUGCAGUGGUGGUGUGUGCCGCUGCAAGAUGAAUGUUGAAGGCCCAUCUUGCUCCAGCUGUAAGCCUGGAACCUUCCAUCUCAGCCAGGAAAACAAAGAUGGCUGCCUGUCCUGUUUCUGUAUGGGCGUCACUCAGCAGUGCUCCAGCUCCACUUACUACAGAGACCUGGUGUCUUCAGUCUUUUCUCCAGGGAACUUCCAGGGAUUUGCUCUGGUGAACCGUCAGCGCACCAACCGCAUCUCUACUGGUUUCACCGUGGAGGUUUCCACUGAAGGCACUCAGCUGUCCUACAGCAAUUUUGACUACCUGGGACAGGAACCCCACUACUGGCAGCUUCCAGGGGUCUACCAGGGAGACAAGGUGGGCUCUUACGGCGGUAAACUCCAAUUCACCAUCUCCUACGUGGCUGGUCCAAGAGGAACACUACUUGAUGACGCUGACGUCCAGAUAAUUGGUAACGACAUCACCCUGGUAUCUCGUCAGCUCUGGCAGAGGAGGCAGCAGGGCAGCAGAGAGACUCACCGGUUUGAGAUUGUCUUCAGAGAGGAAAACUGGCGUCGUCCCGAUGGCAUGCCCGCAACCCGUGAGCACCUGAUGAUGGUUCUGGCUGAUCUGGAUGAUAUCCUUAUCCGAGCUUCCUACUCCACUGAGAUGCGAUCUUCCAGUAUCUCUGAUAUCAACAUGGGAGUCGCUGUGCCCAACUACAGCGGCUUGGCACAGGCCCUCGAGGUAGAGCAGUGUCGCUGCCCACCUGGAUACCAGGGACUCUCUUGCCAGGACUGUGCCCCUGGAUACACUCGCACUGGAGGAGGUUUAUAUCUGGGUCACUGUGAGCUCUGUGAAUGUAACGGCCACUCAGACUCCUGCCAUCCGGAGACUGGCAUCUGCACGAGCUGCCUGCAUAACACUCAGGGUGAGCUCUGUGAGCAGUGCGCCCCUGGCUUCUUCGGCGACCCCACUGUUGGCACUCCAGAGGACUGCCAGCCCUGCGCCUGCCCUCACACUGACCCUGACAACCAGUUCUCCCCUACUUGUGAGAGCCUUGGAAAUGGAGGCUACCAGUGCACUGCCUGUCAGCCUGGCUAUACCGGCCAGUACUGUGAACGUUGUGCUCCUGGCUAUACUGGCAACCCACAGGAGAGAGAGAAGUGUCGUCCAUACGAUGCUGCAGCUUCCCUGGUGGUGAAGGUUUAUCCAGAGAGGGUCCUGGCAUCCCAGGGUAGCGCUGUUACUCUGCGGUGUCAGGUGUCCGGCUCUCCUCCACACUAUUUCUACUGGUCGAGAGAGGACGGACGGACCAUCUCCAGCAGUGCUGACAGACGCCGACAAGGAGCGGAGCUGUACUUCCCCAGUGUCCAGCCAAGUGAUGCCGGCAUCUACGUCUGUACCUGCCAAGACCAGCGCAGCACCAACAGGAGCCGUGCUGAAAUAAUUGUAACAAGUCUCGCAUCCAAACCCAUUGAGGUGACAGUGGAGGAGCCCAAAGCCCAGACUAUCAGGGUGGGGUCUACUGUCAGUUUCAUCUGUACUGCAAAGAGCAAGUCGCCAGCCUACACCCUGGUGUGGACCCGGAUGGGUAACGGGAAGCUUCCCAACCGGGCCAUGGACUUCAACGGCAUCCUGACAAUUCAGAACGUCCAGCCCGAGGAUGCUGGCGUCUACGUUUGCACGGGCUCCAACAUGUUUGCCAUGGACGAGGGCAAUGCCAUCCUCUACGUGCCAGAGGCCUCACAGACUCAGAUGUUUUACACAGCCUAUGAAAUGUUUGAAGGACACAGAAAGCCUGGAGAGGGGGCCCAGCCUGUGGCCACCAUUACUCCCUCAGUUCUGAAUGUCCAGCAAGGCCAGCGGGCAGAGUUUCGCUGCUCAGUGACUGGGAACCCAACCCCUGCCGUCGAAUGGAUCGGGGGUCCAGGGAACAGAAUGAGUCCCAGAGCGAUGAUACGAGGUGGCGUACUGACCUUCACAGCAGUGGACCAAGCUGAUGAGGGAGAAUACACCUGCAAGGCCCUGAACACUCAUGGCGAGCAUACAGCGCGGGUUUCCCUCUUUGUACAAAAAUCUAACCCAAGUGGCCUAGGCACCCAGCCCCAAGUCCAAGUCAGUCCCCAAAAUAUUGAAGUUCAUGAGGGCGACACCUUGAGGUUGUACUGCCGUGCAUCAGGAUCGCCCACCCCGAAGCUCACCUGGCUGAAAAAUGGAGGACAAAUCCCUCCACAGGCCAUUCCCUCUCAUGGUUUCCAUCAGUUUAAAAGCAACAGUCUCGAUGUGUUACAGAGACGUAUUGAGGAGCUGCAGGCCCGCAUGGACCGCACCGACAUCGGCACCCUGCUCAUCCCCAACAUCAAGAUGUCCGACUCAGGCACUUACAUGUGUGUUGGCAGCAACAGCGUUGGCUCCAAUAGUGCUCCAAUUAGAGUGACAGUGCUCAAAGCGGAGCAUAGCUCGUCGGUGGUCAGCAUCCAGCCAUCUAUAGCUGAUGUCCAGGAGGGCCAGAAUCUGGAGCUCAACUGUUUUGCCCCUGGAAAUCCUCCUCCCCAAGUCACCUGGACCAGAGCCAGCGGACGCCUCUCCUCCAACCACCAGGUUCUGGGCAGUCAGCUGCGUAUCCUGUCGGCCACUCCAGAGGACUCAGGAGAGUUUAUCUGUCGGGUGCAGGGCAACCCUGGAAACCCAGGAUCUCAUGUCCAUCAGGCCUCUGUCUCCGUGUCUGUCACUUCCUCCUCUUCACGUCUUCAGAGUCCAAUCAUCGCCAUUGAGCCCCACAGUGCUGCAGUGCGUGUGGGGGAGUCAGCCAGCUUCAGGUGCAGGGUGUACAGCGGAGCCCAGCCUGUCAGACUGGAGUGGAAACUGGCCAGCAACCAGCCGCUGCCAGAUAAUGUCAAAGUUGGCCCCGAUGGUUCUGUUAUUACCAUUACCAGUGCUCGUCCCAUCAACCACGGCGCCUAUCGUUGUGUGGCGAGCAACCCGUUCGGCAUCACUCACACCAUUGUGUCUUUGAUUGUCAAAGAGUCUCCUGUGGCCACUGUCACCCCUGUUGGACCUGUGCGGGUCAGGGUGGGCGAAGCCAUCAACCUGGAGUGCCAGGCAUCAGGAGAGCCACGCCCUUCAGUCUCAUGGCACAGGCUGGACAGCAACCGCAAGACCAUGCUGAGCAGCCCUGUGCCCAUGGAGUCUAAUGCAGUCAUGCAGAUACUAGUGGCACGUCCAGAAGACAGCGGCACGUAUGUUUGCACAGCUCGCAACAACGAGGGCUCUAAGGAGACCAAGGUAGAGGUCAUUGUUGAGGGGGGCGCUCAAGUUCCAUCAGUGCCCAGGGCCUCUGUUCCUGAGCCGCUGAUGGUUGUGGUGGAGGGACAGACUGCAACACUGCGCUGUGAGGCCCACGGUUUCCCCUCACCCACAAUCACCUGGUCCAAGCUGCGGUCUCCUCUGCCGUGGAGACACAAGGUGGUGAACAACAGCUUGUUGCUGCCCAACGUGGGCCGGCAAGACUCUGGAGAAUACAUCUGCAGUGCCACCAACAACAUGGGCACCACUGAAGUCACCAUCAUGCUAGACGUAGAAACUCUUCCUUAUGCCACUUCUUUGCCCGAUGAUGUGGCUGUGCGGGUCGGGGAGGUGAUCAGGUUGCAGUGCCUGGCCCAUGGCACUCCUCCUUUGACCUACACUUGGACCAAGCUGGACGGAAACCUGCCCCCGAGGACUCAGGUUAGCGGAGGGGAUCUCCAGAUCAAUCUGGCCACUGCCGAAGAUGCGGGGAGCUACAAGUGCGUGGCCACCAACAAAGUGGGCAACAGUGAAGUGGUCGCGAAAGUCACAGUCAGAUCCCCUUUGGCAGUGCGUGUAUCCCCCCAGGUUGAGGUAAAGGCCCAGGGCAGCGCUGUGGAGUUUACCUGUUCAGCAGCAGGUGGUAUAGAAACCAAAAUAGAGUGGCUGAAGGAAGGAGGGGCCCUGCCACCAAACCACCACAUCAAGGAUGGAGUGCUCAGGAUUGAGAACCUGGAGCAGAGCAAUGAAGGUGUUUAUAUCUGCAGAGCGAGCAGUGUGUAUGGUCAGGCCCAGGACACUGCCAGGCUGACCAUCCAAGCCUUGCCAAAGGUGAUGAUCAAUGUGCGUACCUCGGUGCAGACUGUGAUGAUCGGGAACUCGGUGGAGUUCGAAUGCCAGGCUGUUGGUGACCCAGAGCCCACGGUCAAGUGGAGCAAAGUUGGCGGCGCUCUGCCAGCUCACAUCAUGGUGAAGGGCGGCAUGCUGAGGAUCGAGCAAGUGACAGAGGCCGAUGCUGGGCAGUACCGCUGUACCGCCACCAAUGAUGUAGGCUCUGUACAGUCCCAGGUUGUCCUUAAUGUCCAGUCCCUUCCUCAAAUCGCUGCACUGCCGGAAACAAAAGAGGUGACGGUCGGGUCUGAUGCUGUCUUGCCCUGUGUGGCUUCAGGGUAUCCUGUACCUGAGAUCAAAUGGUCCAAGCUGGAAGGAGAGCUUCCCCCUAAGUGUUUCCAGGAAGUCAACGUGCUGACGGUUCCUGGCAUCACCCACGAGGAUUCCGGGACAUACGUCUGCACCGCCUCUAACAAACAGGGCAAAGUGGAAGCCUUUACUACACUUCUAGUUCAUGAGAGAGUGAUGCCGUACUUUGCCCAGGAACCCUUGUCCUACCUCACCCUGCCCACCAUCAAAAAUGCCUACAAGGCUUUCAGCAUUAAGAUCAACUUUAGACCUGAUAAUGUUGAUGGUCUCAUAUUGUACGCUGGUAUGAUCCUCUACAAUGGCCAGAGGAGGACCACAGGAGCCGACUUCAUCUCUCUGGGACUUGUGGGCGGUCGCUUGGAGUUCAGGUUUGAUGUGGGCUCCGGCAUGGCCACUAUACGGGACCCCAACCCCAUCAAACUGGGCGAGUUUCACACCGUUGAGCUGUAUCGCAACCACACCCUGGGCUAUAUAAUUGUAGACGGAGGGGAGCCCAUCAACGGCAGCUCGCAGGGCAAGUUCCAGGGGCUGGAUCUGAAUGAGGAUCUGCACGUGGGUGGUUACCCUAACUACACGGUCCUCGCCAAAACUGCUGGCAUUAAGACCGGGUUUGUUGGCUGUAUCCGUCAACUGGUCAUCCAGGGUGAGGAAGUCAUCUUCAAAGACCUUGACCGCAGCUCUACCGGUGUCACAAACUGCCCCACCUGCAAGGAUCACCCGUGCCAGAAUGGCGGCAGGUGUGAGGACUCAGAGGCCAGCUUGUAUAAGUGCAGCUGCCCCAGAGGAUUCACUGGUAGCAACUGCCAGCACCACUCAUCCCUGCACUGUCACUCAGAGGCCUGCGGACCAGACGCCACUUGCAUCAAUCGGCCAAAUGGUCUGGGCUAUGACUGCCGCUGCCAUCUUGGAAAGUUCGGAAACAAGUGCAUGGAUGGGGAAUUGGUGACCACUCCACUGUUUGAUGGGGUGGAGUCAUACAUAGCCUAUCCUCCCCUGACCAACAUCCACGAUGACCUGCGUGUUGAGCUGGAGUUCAAGCCACUGGACAGAGACGGCCUGAUGUUCUUCUGUGGUGGGAAGAAAAUGAAGGUGGAGGACUUUGUAGCCAUCUCCAUGGUGGAGGGACAUGUAGAGUUCAGAUAUGAACUGGGCACAGGCCAAGCAAUCCUUCUCAGUCCUGAGCCAGUCUCUCUGGGCCAGUGGCACAGAGUUGUGGCCGAGCGGAACAAGAAGGCCGGCCACCUGAGGGUCGACCAAGGCCCAGUGGAGAGGAAGACAUCUCCAGGAAAAGCCCAGGGCCUCAAUAUCCACACCCCCAUGUACCUGGGAGGAGUCCCCAAAAUGGACAUCCUGCCUAAACCUGCCAAUGUCAGCGAAAUGUUUGAGGGAUGUAUAGGAGAGGUUUCCAUCAACAACAAGAAGGUGGAUCUGUCCUACAGCUUUACAGAAAGCAGAUCUAUCCGCAAGUGCGUGGACAACAGCCCCUGCGACCGCCGGCCCUGCCUGAACGGUGGUCACUGCUUGCCGAGUGCUGAGUAUGAGUACCAGUGCCUCUGUAAGGAUGGAUUUGAAGGUGAGCGUUGUGAGUUGGUGAAAGAUGUGUGCCGGAGCGACCUUCAGUGCCACAAUGGCGGCACCUGUGUCGACGGUCAGUGUGUGUGUACACCCGGGUACACGGGCCUGACCUGUGAAGAACAUUCACCCUACCAAUAUGCAGCUCAUUUCCACAAUGAUGGAUACAUUGCCCUUCCCAAAUCCAUUUUCCCAAGGAGUGCCCAUGACUCACCAGAGACAAUCGAGCUGGAGAUCAACACUGGCUCUUCUGAGGGUCUGAUCCUGUGGCAGGGUGUGGAGACCAAUGGUGCACGCAAUUUGCGAAAGGUGCAUGCUAGUAAAAAGGAACUUGGAGAACACGGCAAAGGCAAGGACUUCAUUAGCCUUGGUUUGCAGGACGGACACCUUGUUUUCAGUUACCAGCUGGGCAGCGGAGAGGCAGAGAUCUUGUCCCGGAAGUCCAUUAAUGAUCGGAAAUGGCACAAGAUCACAGCAGUGAGAACUGGGAAAGAUGGCUACAUCCAGAUUGACGGAGGGGCUGCGCUACAUGGACAGUCUAAAGGCAAAAGCCUCAUGGUCAACACCAAAGGCAGUAUAUACCUUGGUGGAGCCCCGGACAUGGCUGCUAUGACAGGAGGGAAGUUUUCGUCAGGAAUGACGGGCUGCGUGAGGAACCUGACACUGAUGAAUGCCCGGCCGGGACAACAGCCGGCCCAGGCCAUCGACCUGCAAGCCCUUGCAGCCCACGGCAUCAACGUGCAGCCGUGCUCUUCAUAGACAGCAGCACACGCGCAAACACACACACACACACACGCAAACACACACACACA